CCUUUUCCUUCUCUCUCUUCAAUAAACAAUUCCAAAUCCUUCUCCCACAAUCUUUCUUUCUUACUCUCUCAACACUUCAACAAAGAAUAUCUCAAGAUGCAUGUGAUGUGAUCAAACAAGAAUAACAACUUCUUUAACUGUUUUCUCAAAAAUGUUCUCAAAGCUACACUCACAACAGCCUCAACCUUUUCAAUUCUCUCGGGAAUGUCAAUCCUCUAAAGAGGAUGACAUCCCAAGUACUUGUGGUCUCAAUUUGAUCACCGUCCAAAAAUCUGGUUUGAGCGGUGAUCAAAAUAAUGAGACCACAAGUGAAAUAAUGCGGCGCCCGAGAGGACGCCCAUCCGGAUCCAAAAACAGGCCCAAGCCGCCUCUCAUAAUAACGUGCGAGCCCGAGCCCGUCAUGAGCCCGUUCAUUCUAGAAAUCCCGGGCGGAAGCGGCGUCGUUGAGGCCCUAGCCCGCUUCAGCCGCAGAAAGAACACCGGCCUUUGCGUUUUAACCGGUUCCGGAACCGUGGCCAACGUCACUCUCCGUCAACCUUCUUUCACUCCUGCCGGCGCCUCUGUCGCCACCGUCACUUUCCAUGGCCGCUUCAAUAUCCUCUCCAUGUCCGCCACCUUCCUCCACCACGGUUCUCCGGCGGCGAUUCCGAACGCCCUCGCCGUGUCCCUUUCCGGACCGCAGGGGCAGAUCGUCGGCGGACUCGUCGCCGGGAGGCUCCUCGCCGCGGGCACGGUGUUUGUGAUUGCCGCGUCGUUCAACAACCCGUCGUAUCACCGGCUUUCGUCGGAGGAGGACGCGCAGAACACCUCUGGUGGCGGCGGUGACGGGCAGUCUCCGGCCGAGUCUAGUAUGUACAGCUGUCACCGUCCUUCGGAUGUGAUUUGGGCUCCAACCCCUAGACCACCUUUCUGAUAAUCAUUUAUUUUGAAUCAAUCAAUGAACUCUAUUAAUUUGGCGUUGUGUUGUGAAUUUUGUUUCGUUGAUUAUGGGGAUUUUUGUUCGGUUUCUUUCUUGAGUUGUUUCUUUAGAUGUAAUGCUGCUGUUAACUUAGAUUUUUAGAGUAAUUCUUAAUGCGUUUUUACUACUUGAUCGUUGGAUUUUCUUUCUUUACUUCUUUUUAAUUUUUUAGGAAUGAUGCUGGCAUUAUGAUUUUGCUCGACAGAAAGAAAAAUUAUAUGAUUUUAUUGUUCAUC